AAGCUCGGCGGGCCUCGCAGUGCCCGAGGGGAAGGCUGCCCUAGGGGUUAAUGGUUCAAGGAACGCGGGAUCGCGGCCAGCAGGGCCGCAGGGCUCAGAAGGGCCGGCAGCAACGCUACUCGUCAGCUGCGCGCGCCUGCUCCCGGCCGCCGCCGCCGCCGGAAGUCCGAGCCGAGGCCCGCCGCCCGGGCGGAAGCAGCGAGCUCGGGAGCCCCGCCCCGCGCCCGGCCGCCCAGCGCCGCGGCCAGAAGCGAGCUUACCUUUCUCGAGUCCCUCGCUCCACUCCGACAGACCCGGCCGCCGCGCCCCCCGCGUGUGGCUACUGCGCGAGCCAGGGCUCCGGCCACGGCGUGGAGCCCCCGCGGGGCGGGGCGAAGCGGCCCACGUGGCCCGAGCGCGCCCGCCCCCGGGACGGCCUCUGUAGCGCCUGGGGAAGCGAUCAUCUCCCCCUGACGGCGACCGCCGACCCACCUCGCUCUGCCAGGACCUCUGAACUGACAGUCGAGUGUUUGACGAACGUUGUCUGUGCCCCACAAGAUCCUGAAGGAACCUCUAAGAUGUCCUCAUCUGAUCAUUGUCACAUCAUGUCCUCCAGCCAGUUGGAAGGGGAAAGAGAGCAUGGAGGAGCCCAAGCCCUAUGUCUUAAGGCCCAAGUCUGGAAGCCACACGUGACACUUUUGCUCACAUUCAGUCACGAAGAACAUAUCACAUAGCUGCAAAUAACUGCAAAGGAGACUGGGAAAUGUAGUCUCUGUCCCAGCAGCCACAUAAAAAGGACUUUGGUGUACAGCUGGCCAUCUCCUCCAUUUCCAAAAGUGAGUUCUUUUCUUGGACAGUCUGGAGGAUGAAAUGAUGAAACUCUCUGGCAUAAUUGUAUACUGUUUUUCUAGAAUGCAUUGCACUCUUCAGGUAGCCUUUUUUAUCCAGCACUUCCCCCCACCCCACUUGUGUGUGUUCAAGCUGGUCUUUAACAGAUACAUAAGUCUGUAAAGCAAGACUUGUUUGUAUCUGAGGAUCAGAUAGACUUCUUGGCUAUUACCUAUUCAGAUGAUGAAAAAAAAA